CGUAUUAGGGCUUUUUCAUGGCAUGAUAACACGUCAAAUGAACAUGAACAAACUUUACCAUAAGUAAAUUUACCUAACUUUGCACUUGCCGCGGGUUGUAUCACAGCAACUCGACCGCAAUCGCGAAGCAAGUGAAACUCGUAUUUGGUGGAUGAAAAAUAGUUCUUCGAAAUAUGCUUAUUACUGCCACAAAUUAAGUGUUGCAUGCUUCUCUUCGCCUCGAUAUAUAGUAAAUGGAUCGAGUUAUUAGACAAAGUUUCCUAAGAUGCAUUUGGAAGUAUGCUGGCUGUCGUCGGUUACCAGUAAACUGUCGGUCAGUAAAUGCUACCGUUUUUUCAGUAAAACGUUGCUAUAGUUGGACAGGUAACGAAAUGCUGGAGAAUGAUGAUCCUGAAAUGUAUGCCUUGAUUUGUCGGGAGAAGGAAAGACAGAGAAAUGGCUUGGAAUUGAUUGCAUCAGAGAACUUUUGCAGCAGGGCAGCCUUGCAAGCUUUAGGUUCGUGUUUGAAUAACAAGUACUCUGAAGGAUAUCCUAAGAAAAGAUAUUAUGGUGGUAAUGAAUUUAUUGAUAAAAUUGAAGAGUUGGUGCAGAAAAGGGCUUUGAAAGCAUUUAACCUUGAUCCCAAAUGGGGUGUUAAUGUUCAACCAUAUUCUGGCUCUCCUGCAAACUUUGCAGUUUAUACUGGCUUACUCAAACCUCAUGAUCGUAUUAUGGGACAAGAUCUCCCUCACGGUGGACACUUAACUCAUGGCUUUAUGACAGAUAAGAAAAGAAUAUCAGCAACAUCCAUAUAUUUUGAGUCAAUGCCCUAUCGCUUAAAUGAGGAGACUGGUUAUAUUGAUUAUGACAAACUAGAAGAGACUGCUAAAUUAUUUCGUCCUAAAAUAAUCAUUGCUGGGGCAAGUGCAUAUUCCAGGCUCAUUGACUAUAAAAGAAUGAGAGAGAUUUGCGAUCAGGUGAAUGCAUAUUUGUUGGCUGAUAUUGCACACAUCAGUGGAUUAAUUGCAGCUAAGGUUAUACCCAGUCCUUUUGAGUAUGCUCACGUUGUCUCAUCUACAACACACAAGACAUUACGCGGAGCACGUUCCGGAAUCAUCUUUUAUCGUAUUGGGGAAAAAAGUACAAACAAGAAAACUGGCAAAAAAAUCAUGUAUGACAUUAAAGAAAAGAUCGAUUUUGCUGUAUUUCCUUCGCUGCAAGGAGGCCCCCAUAACCAUGCUAUUGCUGGUGUUGGUGUUGCUUUGAAGCAGGCGAUGGAGCCACAUUUUAUUGAUUAUCAAACUCAAGUUUUGAAGAAUGCGAAAUCAAUGGCUGAUGCGUUGAUCGAUCGUGGUUACGAUUUAGUUUCAGGUGGAACUGACAAUCAUCUUGUUCUCGUUGAUUUGAAAUCAAAGGGUAUUGAUGGAGCGCGUGUCGAGCGCGUGUUAGAAUUGUCUGCCAUAACAACUAACAAGAAUACUUGUCCCGGAGACAAAAGUGCGUUGGUGCCAGGAGGAUUGCGUUUAGGUGCUCCAGCACUGACAUCGAGAAAUUUUAAAGAAGACGAUUUUGUUCAAGUUGUUAAGUUCCUGGAUGAUGGUGUUAAAAUUGCUCUUGAAGCACAAAGUGGGACUGGAACCUCUUUGGCAGAUUUUCGAGCGUAUAUUGAAGAAAAUUCGACGUCGAAAGAGAAAAUCAGUCAGCUGAAGGAAAGAGUGGAGACGUUUGCCAAGGAAUUUCCUUUGCCGGGUUUUGACAAAACUUAGCUUAACGUUUUAGUUAUUUUCUUCAAUUUCCAAGUCUUACUCUAUGAACAAAUUUCUGAAACAUGACUACGAAGUACAGAGCACAAAAUUGGUCUCUUUCAAUUUUAUCUUAUCUUACUUACGAAAAACAUAUAAAUGUAAUGAAUAAAUAGGUUUGUGAAGCAUGCUAAAACGUAGAUGCAUUAAUUGACUUACUAAUAUUUUGUAAAAAGCCAACUUUCCGGAGCCUUAGCGAUAUUUCCAAAAAACUUCAAACGACUUUCAUAAGCAAAUAAGAUCGUCAUAUCUUAGUUGACAUUGUACGACAAGAAGAGAAAUUCUUUUUGAUACACGAA